AUGUUCCUCAAGUUCUCUGAUAUCAGCGUCGCCAACAAAAAGCCCCCUUUAGUGGGUACGAGCCAUGGUAACGGUUCACCCUCAUCAUCAUCAUCAAGAAGACGGUUCACGCGGUCGGAAACCGAUACGGUCAGAGAGGCGUCACCCCAUCAUCAUCAUCAUCAUCAUCAUCAUCAAGAAGACGGUGCACGGGGGCACGCUCAGCACGCGGUCGAAACCGACAUACGGUCAGAGACACGUCACCUCGGCCGACCCCAGUGGAGCAGAGCUGCAUACUGUCUAUACAUUGGCAUCGACGCGCUCCAGUCCAGGGCUCGUCCCGGCCUGCCGCCUCGAGUGACCGCGGUGAUGGCGUCGCCUUCGAAACCGACAUCCCCGGACGGAAAGUCCCACGGCACGAUGGGUCCCUCGUCGGCGGUGACGACCGCCUCCCCCUCCGCGCCGCAGCUGGAGGGUGAGCAGCCACAGUCGCCGACCAAGCCAGUGGCCAACGUCCCGGCUAGCCCGACGCCGUCGGACGAUUUCACGCCCGGCGCCCCAGAGGCGGCGACUGCAACAGCAGUAGCGAAAGGCAGCGAUGGUGGCGCGCCCCCCGGUCCACCGCCGGAGCUGCAGCCGGUGCAGGACUGCGGCCGCCUGCUGAACCGGCUGGCGCAAUCGCUGCUCGCGUCCAUGCUGGACGUGCCGUCGCGAGUCCAGUGGAACCUGCUGAUGUCGCCCAUCUCGCUGGCCACCGCGCUGGCGUCGCUCGUCGCCGGCUGCGAAGGCCCCACCAAGGAGGACCUGUGCAACCUGCUGCGUCUCACGCUGCCCGAGGUCGAGGCCAUCGUCGAGCGCUUCAAGACCGAGGCGGCGGAGCACAUGUUCUACGUGGCGAACCGGAUGUUCCUGCAGUCCAACUGCCCGCUGCUGGCCACCUUCCGGUCGCACAUCGAGGCCAAGUACAUGACCACCGCGCAGAACGUGGACUUCGAGAGCCCGGAUCAGUCGUACGUGCGCGCCAUCAACGAGUGGUGCAGCAACGCGACCAACGGCAAGGUGCCCGCCGUGGUGACGCGAAAGACGUUCGCGGCCAGCUCGUCCAUGGUGCUGGUGAGCGCGGUGUACUUCAAGGGCCUCUGGAAGGACAAGUUCUACCCGAACGCCACGCACAUGAUGAAGUUCCACGUGUCGCGCGCCGACACCCUGGACGUGCGCAUGAUGACGCGCACGGGCCGCUUCCCGUACGCCGAGGUGCCCUCGCUGCGGAUACGCGCCCUCGAGGUGCCCUACCGCACCGGGAAGCUCACCAUGGUGCUGAUCCUGCCCACGGAGGUGGACGGUCUGCGGCUGACCCAGCAGAGCCUGCUGGCCGGCGACACCCUGUGGGAGGUGACGCGGAAGCUGCGGCCCCGGGCCAACGUGCGCCUCGGGCUGCCCAAAUUCGUGCUCACGGCGCGCAACAAGAUGCGAGACCUGCUCGAAGGGAUGGGCUCCCAUCGCCCUUUCGACCCCGAGCAGGCACAGUUCAUCAACAUCUCAGGCUUCAAGGGACUGCACACCACCGAGAUCAUACAGGCCGUCACCGUAGAGGUGUCCGAGGACGGCAACGAGAUCACGCGCACCUCGGCGCUGGUGAACGAGGUGGUGGCCAAGAUGGCGCCGGCCACCCAGUUCCUGGUGGACCGGCCCUUCCUAUUCUUCGUGCGGAGCAAGACCACGGGCGCCAUCUUGCUCUUCGGGUGCGUCCGGCAGCCGCUGGAGUGGCGGCCCGACAGCCCGGACAACUCGGCGCUGCUCUGAAUGUGUGCGGCGCCAUUCGCGUGGUGCACGACCUGCGCCCGCCGCCCCGUUCUUUAUUUAAAUUGCGUACGUUCAUUAAAACACCUGCAUUUGGUGCUGC